CGGGAGCUCGGGCUCCAGGCAUAUUCAGGGCCGGGGACUCUGCCCCACCAAUGUUUGGAGCCGGGUCUCUCCCGCAGCCCCGCCUGGAGCGUCCCCCGGCUCCCGCCCGCCUGCGCGCCUCCCCCGGGCCCCAGAGCGUCCCGGCCUGGUUGAAAGCGGGCUGCUGCCGGGCCGCUCCGCGCUGCUCUCCCUCGCCUGAGCUGCCGGCCGCUGCCGCUGCCCACGGCGAGGCUGCAGCAGGGGAGCGACGGCGGCAGGCUGAGGCAGGUGGCUGCUGCCGCCGCAGCUGAGGAGCGGGAGGGGGCACACGCAUGAUUGGUAGCCCUCCCCUCCCCAGCACCCACCGGGAGGCAACACCAAGGGGGCUUCCAGCUGGGAGACGUCGGGAGUGGACCGGACUCACCUGAGCAGCUGCUGGGGCUUGGGACUAGAAGAGAGUUUCAAGACAGAUUACCAGGAUUUUCCAGUGUCUUCAACAAUGAUAUUGCGCUCAAGAUUCCAAAAGCCUUCCGAGGUGAAGAUUAGAAAACAACAAAUAAGGUGUGGUAAAAAUAAACAGAAAAAAUCAACUGCAUCUCGGAUACCAGUGGACCAGGAAACUACACGUAAAUAUCAAAACCUAAAGAAAUCAUCAAGUAAAUGUGAAGCAUACCAACACUAUGACAGAAAGAAAUGUUACAUACUGACAAGGGACUCAAAAACGCUGCGUUUUGAUUUAGACGAGUAUGGUCAUUGUAAAAUAUCAAUUGAGGAUUCACAAUCCACUGAAGAUAUUGCAUGGUUAGACAUAUUCACAAGCAACAAACUGAAUAACUGUGCUCCAGUGGCCAGAAACGGAAUUAAAAAACGUUGUAAAAAUUUGGUGACCAUGACCCAGCGAUCAAAAAAUAACUUUCUCCUAUUGGGCAAGAAUAAGAAACAACUGUACCUGAAGGUCUUGAAUCCAAAUGGUAAGACAACAGAGGGUCAUAUGGUGGAAGAAGACGGCAUGGAAGUGAUUACAGGUGGAGCUCCUGACCCCAGGCAGUUGACUGAACAAGACAACCAGCUGUUCAUCAUGCAUAACAACCAAGAAGAUUCAGUUAGAUUUCAGUGUUAUAAGGAUCAGAACUACUACCUUCAUGUGAACAAGGACUCCGUUGAUCUAUGCAAGAUGGAAGAAACCGAUGGUGAUACAGGAAAAGACUUCUAUUUCAAGGUGGCAUAUGUGUGAUACAUAGUUCCCUAGGCCUUGCAAUGUCUCAAGUAUGUACGAAGCCCCUAAAAUGAGCCAACACAAAAUAGAAAUGAAGGGAGAUUGAGAUCAUGUGGGGAUCAAGUUCCUUAGUUUUGUAUAAAGUUUUUCAAUAGUCUCUGUUUCGAGAUUCACUAUUUUUGAUGUCUGAGAGAGAUCAGUUUGUGUUUUAAAUAUACUGUACCUGAGUGACAUAUGUAACUUAAAGGGGGGAUGGCUAGCAGUGUUUUAGAAAAAAGCAAUUUCUUGGUAACUUUUUUUCUUGACUUUAUACUUUAAAGGAGGCUGAUUUGGGAAGUGGGAAACAACAGCAGAGGCCCCAAGAUAGGAAGCGAGAAUCACAGAAAAGAUAAAAUAGAAAACACUUUUAAUAUUACAUUUUGUAAUAAGAAAAUUUGUUUCUUAAAUGUCCCACAUCAAUUCACCUGAAAAACAUGGAGAGAAAUAAUUAUUCAGCAGCCACUACAUGUACGUGAAUAUGUGUGCACUAUGUACUUACUUUACUGAGGCUUUGCUGCAGUAGCCAUUCUGCUCCCACCCUGGAAAUCUGAAAAAAAGAGCCUAAGGACAGAGGGCUAGUAGUUAAAGGCUAACAGCAAAGCUAUUCCACCUUCUUUACCACCCCUCAAGUAAAUCCAUUUGCAUCUCCAGGCUGCUCCAGCCCUAAUUCUUCAUCUUUCCACCCCCCACCAAAAAAACCAACAGCAUGGCCUGAGAAUCCCACUGCAUUAGCGGGAAGAAGGCAGAUUGGACAUCAUGGAAGGAUGUGCUCCCUGUGAACUUUGGUCUGGUCAACUCCUAACUCUGAAUCCUAGAGGGAAAUACAAUAGAGAAGGAAAUCUUUAGCUCAGGUACAGAACAAAGUACAAAACAGUACAAACAAAAAUUGAAAUAAGUGUCUGAAUAAAUGAAUUCAAAGAAUAAACUCACGCUUCUUACCUUGGGCUUGCAGCAGCCCUUGUGCAGGACAGAGCCAUCUGAAAUAGGCAAAGGAACAAACCAAAAAUAUGAAGUGGUUGAUCUAGACAUCAAGGCUCUGAUUCUCCAUUUCCCAGCACCUUACUUCAUUAUUUACCCAUGUAAAGUGGGUGUAAAACACUACCAUUUGAUUUCAUAACCUAUUAAACUCAUUUUGCUCUGGUGUAAAUGACUACACAACAGUGAACCAGGCCUUAAAUAUCAGACAUUACACAACUACUCCAGGGUACUAUACCUGGAACUGCAGGUUUGGUGCAACAAUGCACAGGUCCCACAACAUUUGCAGAGAGUGUUCUGUGUGGAUAUAGAACACUGUGCACCUGAAACAGGAAACCUAAUGUGGACACUCAAUUGUACUAGGCUAAGUUGCAACCAAGCAAUUCUCUAGUAGGCUUCAAAGUUGUGUGAGACCAUGCAAGAAGAGAAACAGAACUUAAUUUUCACACAUCGCCAUGCGUAAUGCUACUGCUGAGCUAACACCUGUUAUACUCUUUAAAUAGUAAGAAUGUGUGCAAAGUUGUGAAGAAACCUAACAACUUUUGCUGCUCAAUAAACAAGAGAUUCUGACAUAACCCCUUCAUUUUGACUAAAAAUUCUUAUGGAUCCAGGUGUCUGAUCAGACACCAUUUAAAUCAGUAAAAGACAGCCAUUGACUUCAAUGUGCAUUGCACUGGAUCUUAAUGAUUUGAAAUCUCCAUUGGAUGAAACACAGACUUGAGUGACUUUAACUGAUAAAUAGAACUAUCUGUUAUGUUGCUCACCCAUUAAUUAAACUAAAUGUCAUUACACAACAGUAUCUCAUAAUACAUUUAUUUUGAGAAAGAGGGCAGGAGAACAAAGACCCUAAUUCAGUUUGAAUAUUUGAAAAGUGCUUCCAAGUGCAGGUAUUUUGGAUUCAUUCUGUGCUUCUGGAGCAGGGGUAGGCAACCUUUUUGGCCAGAGGGCCACAUCGUGGUUGCAAAACUGUAUGGAGGGCCAGGUAGGGAAGGCUGUGCCUCCCCACACAGCCUGGCCCCUGCCCUCUAUCCACCCCCUCGACUUCCCACCCCCUGACUGCCUGCCUCAGAACCUCCAGCCUAUCCAGCUCCCCCUGCUCCUUGUCCCCUGACUGCCCCCUCCUGUCCUUAACUGCCCCACCCCAGGACCCCAACCCCCCUCCCCCCCCCCAAGUCCCUUUCAGAAUGCAGCCCUGCGAACAUGGGCAGAGGACUCAGGAGGAGCAGGGGCAACUGCGCAGCCGGAGAGAAGCGGCGGUUUCUCCUUCAAAGCACUGCUUCUCUCUGGCCGGCUGCGUGGCCGGCCGCUGCUCCUCUAGAGUCCUCCACCUGCGUUUGCAGCACUCCCAUCACCCACACCUCCCGCCUGCUCUCCUAAGGCUGUAGGUGAGCCUCCAUCCCUGCUCUCCCCUUCCCUCACAGAGCAGCCCCCCCCCCCCUCCCGUGGGGAGUGCACCAGUGCUGAUCUGCCCGAGUGCCUGGCCCUGGGGCCCCCUGUUGUUGGAGGACCUGUGUCAGGGCACCUGUGUUUACAGGUAAAUCCGCCCCUGAGUCGUGCUGCCUGGCCGGAGCCAGCCACACCGCCACACUGCCCGGCAGGAGCUCGUAGCCCCGCCACCCAGAGCGCUGACGGCACGGUGAGCUGAGGCUGCCAGGGAGGGCUGGGGGCUAACCUCCCUAGCUGGGAGCUCAAGGGCCGGGUAGGAUGGUCCUGGGUGCUGAAUGUGUCCCCUGGGCCGUAGUUUGCCCACCUCUGCUCUAGACCCUGUUGUGCCACUGAUUAAGAUUAGCAAUAUGAUGGUCCUAUUCAUGUACAAAACACUCUCUCUAGUGGCUAAAUUCCUGGAACUGUUCCUUCACUGGUUUUAGGAUGAAGCUGAUAGUGAGUCAAAGUCCCUGGAAAGAUUCUUCCUGACUUUUCUGUGGCCUUUGGACUGGGCCUGUAGUAAAAGUGUGAAUUGUGGUGCCACAUGUACAGUAUGUAGUUAUUUUGCACUUGGCCUGUUUACAUGCACAGCUUCAUUUUUUCACUCUCUCCUAUUUCAAAUUAGGGCUGUCAAACAAUUAAAAAAAUUAAACAAUAGAAUACCAUUUAUUUUAAAUAUUUUUGGUUGUUUACUACAUUUUCAAAUAUGUUAAUUUCAGUUACAACACAGUGUACAGUGCUCAGUUUAUAUUUAUUUUUAUUACAAAUAUUUGCACUGUAAAAAAAAUAUUUUUCAAUUCACCUCAUACAAAUAUCAUGAAAGUUGAACUUACAAAUGUAGAAUUCAGAGUAACAGCCGUGUUAGUCUGUAUUUGCAAAAAGAAAAGGAGUACUUGUGGCACCUUAGAGACUAACCAAUUUAUUUGAGCAUGAGCUUUCGUGAGCUACAGCUCACUUCAUCGGAUGCAUACUGUGGAAAGUGUAGAAGAUAUUUUUAUACACACAAAGCAUGAAAAACUGAAUGCAUCGGAUGAAGUGAGCUGUAGCUCACGAAAGCUUAUGCUCAAAUAAAUUGGUUAGUCUCUAAGGUGCCACAAGUACUCCUGUUCUUUUUGUUUGUCUUAGCGAUUGACAGAAUAAGAAGUAGGACUGAGUGGACUUGUAGUUUUUGUAGAAGUAGGACUGAGUGGUCUUUAUAGUUUUACACUUUUGUUUUUGAGUGCAGUUAUGUAACCAAAAAAAUCUGCAUUUGUAGGUUACACUUUCACAAUAAAGAGAUUGCACUUCAGUACUUGUAUGAGGUAAACUGAAAAAUACUAUUUCUUUUAUCAUUUUUACAGUGCAUAUAUUUGUAAUAAAAAAUAAUAAAGUGAGCACUGUGCAUUUUGUAUUGUAAUUGAAGUCAAUAUUGAAAAUGUAGAAAAACAUCCAAAGUAUUUUUAAAAAUUUCAAUUGGUAUUCUAUUGUUAUAAGUGUAAUUAAUUGCAAUUAAUUUUUUGAAUUAAUCGCAUAAAUUAACUGUGAUUAAUUGACAGCCCUACUUCAAAUAUUUAACAAAGGCCUUUUUUAAAAUCACAUUUUAUGUUUAAGGAAAUAAACAAGUAUAAAGCACAGCAUUGAUAGUUCCUGUAAGGAUUUAGAUAGAUAGUGGUUUUGGACAUUGUAAUUUCACUUAUAACCUUCCAGAAAACACAGAGCAAAUGGUAAAUUCAUUAACAUAAUCUGUAAACAGAAUUCAUAGUAAAAUAGGUGAAUUGCUGAAAUCUGAUCUAAUUUAUGUAUGUAAAAAAUGUGAACCAACACUUUCAAAAGUGCCCAGUGAUUCUGAGGGCCCAACUUGAUUUACUUAGGGUCUGAUUUUUCAGAUGUGUUGAGGCAGAGCACAUGUGAAAAUCAGGUAGCUCAAGUUAGGCAACCAGAAUUAAUGGGAACUUUUGAAAAUUUAAGCCCUAACAUUUAGCAGUAUGAAAAAUAUAUAUUUUAUGCAUUCAGUAGUAAAUAGAGAUGUAAAAUUUCAUAUAAUUCUGAAAAUAUUAUUGCUAGACCUGUAAGAAUGUGAUAUACAAUAUUUUACUUUGCAUGUACUAUUACAAACAGAUAUUUGGUAUAAAGUUUGUCAUCUAAAUAUAGGUUUUUAAUAAACUGGGCACCUUUCAUAA